AUGUCGAUCAAAGAACAAAAACUGAUUCCAACUCGACAUGAAGAAACUGUGACACAGAACAAAGUGACGACGAUGAAGAACAACAAGCAGAAAAUUGGCAAUGGUAAUUCAUCAGAAGGACUCAGUAAUUCUCUUCCUCAUCUUUCUCAUGAUAUUAUUAUUUAUGGUAUCUUAACAAGAGUAACUAUUGAUAGUUUAAUGAGAUUCAGAUGUGUAUGCAAAUCAUGGUCUAAUUUAAUCAUUAGUGAUUCUGAAUUUAUCAAUUUAUGUCGAACUUAUAGUAACCGUGGAUUGAUCUGGAUUUCUGAAAACUAUGCUGAGAAUGAUGAUGAUCUUGAUAGAGAAGCUGGUCUUGUCAAAUCUAAUGUUAUUGUUUUUUAUGAUAUUGAUAAGAAAGAGAAGGAGGUUUUCCAAUUUAGGCCAGAAUCUGGUUUGGUAAACAAGACCCUUACUGUUCGAGAUUCUCUGAAUGGUGUGAUACUUUUAUCUUGCCGUGAAGAUGGACAUGCAAUUGAAACACAUCAUGUUUAUAAUCCAAUUACUGGUUGUUCAAUUAAACUUCCUAAUAAUACUGCUCCUCAAAGGAAUAUUUAUAAUGUGCAGUUAGCUUAUGAUUCAAUUAUGGGAAAGUUCAAGGUUCUUUGUCUUUGUUUUAGUGAUUGUAAACAAAAGGACAACUAUUCUUUCAAGAUCGUGAUUCUAGGCGUCGAAAGUGAAACAUGGAGAGAUUUGGUUGUUCCGAAAUCGUGUCCUCGUUUACUUGAUGACUAUUUACCGAUGUUUUCUAGUGGGUCAUUGUAUUGGUUGACUCAUCAAAGGAAUGAGAUUAAUUUAAGCGAUAAUCAGAGAAACAUACUUUCUUUUGAUGUUAGUAGAGAAACAUUUUACGGAAUAAUGUAUCCAAAAGGAGCUUUGAAUGAUUUACUUGUGAUGGAUGGAUCACUCUGCUUCCUUUAUUAUGAGUCCACGGAGAAGUUGAGGUUAUGGGUUUUGAAGGAGGGUAAGGAGAAGAAUAAUCAACAUCGAGAAUAUGAAUGGGUAGAGAAAUACAAUGUUGAUAAUAUGCCUAGUUUAAGUGGUCUGGAGCCACCCUGCUACGGGUAUGAGUCUGAUAAUUGUUAUGCAAUCGUUACAAGUCCCACAGUUAAGAUCAUAUAUUGGACCUACUGUGGACGUGAAGAGGCACUCGUUUCCAGUUACGAUCUUCAGUUAAGAAGGUUGGAUUCCAUCUUUCAAAUGGAAACAAUAUCUUAUCAGUGGCAUCUCAACUGCCUUGCCAACUUCUAG